ACCGAAGCCCUUAUCUUAUCGCCAUUGCGCCCGCAACGCAAUCGUAGUUAGUCGCAAUUGCAGCUCGCUGUCGCAUCGCAAUAAUGGCCUUCACCAUGCCCAACUUCGUGUCGCGGUUCUUCCGACCCUUCAUGUCUAGUACGCGCUUAGGAAUAACCGCCGAUACUAACGGGGGUGGCACCAACGGUGCGUCCGCGUCCGCGGUCCCCGAGGGCGCCGAGAAGGCCACUCUCGCCGCCGGCUGCUUUUGGGGCGUAGAGCACUUAUACCGCAAGCACUUCGACGGCAAGGGCCUCUACGAUGCCCGUGUCGGGUACACUGGCGGCGACCUAAAAGGUCCGACCUACCGCGUCGUGUGCUCGGGGCAAACGGGCCACGCCGAGAGUGUACAGCUGCACUACGACCCUUCGCGCAUAACCUACCGGCAGAUCCUCGAGUUCUUCUACCGGCUACACGAUCCGACGACGGCUAACCGCCAGGGCCCCGAUGUCGGGCCUCAGUACCGCAGCGCCAUCUAUUACCACAGCCCCGAGCAGGAACGCAUUGCGCGCGAAAUCACGCAGCAGGUCAGCGAGCAAUGGUAUAAAGGCGCUGUUGUUACCGAAAUUGUGCCCGCUGACCAAUGGUGGGAUGCUGAGGAUUACCAUCAGCAGUAUCUACAUCACAAUCCCUCGGGCUAUGAGUGCCCGACCCACUUUCUGAGGACGUUCCCGCCGCUGAAGUGAAUGUGGAAGAUAUAAACUGCUGGUGUAGUUUACCGCGCCAUGCGAUUUCAGAGAUAUUCCGAGUGUCGCAAAACUCGGUACUUGAGGCGUAUUAGCAUGGAUGGAC